AUGGAUCAUGUCAACCACACCUGGAUCCAGACUUUUGUUCUUGCAGGAUUCACCACCUCUGGCAUCCUUGGACCUCUUGCCUUCAUAGGGAUCCUGUGUAUCUAUCUCCUCACCCUUGCAGGGAAUUUGUUCAUCAUUGUCCUCGUGAAAACAGAUUCUGGGCUCUCCACACCCAUGUACUUCUUUAUCAGUGUCCUGUCCUUUCUGGAGCUCUGGUACAUCAGCACCACAGUGCCCACCCUGCUGCACACUUUGCUCCACGGGAGCUCACCCAUCUCAUCAGCCACAUGCUUCACACAGCUGUACAUUUUCCAUUCCUUGGGGCUCACUGAGUGUUACCUAUUGUGUGUCAUGGCACUGGACCGCUACCUUGCCAUCUGUCGCCCGCUCCACUACCAUGCCCUCAUGAGCAGACAGGUGCAGCAGUGGUUAGCAGUGAUAGCAUGGUUGGGUGGCUUCUCAUCUGCACUUGUGCCAGCUGGCCUUAUUGUCUCUCUGCCCUACUGCUUUAGACAAGUCUCCCAUUACUUCUGUGACCUGGCACCCCUGAUGCGGUUGGCUUGUGUGAACACAGGUUGGCACACUCAGGUUUAUAUUGUAGUGAUUGGUUUGAUCAACACCUGCAAUCUUGUUAUUAUUUUAGGGUUCUAUGGAGGCAUCUUUAAAGCUGUGCUGAAGCUGCCAUCGGCUGCCAGUCGUGCCAAGGCCUUUUCUACCUGUUCCUCCCAUGUUACAGUAGUAACGCUCUUCUAUGGCUCUGCUUGGAUUGUGUAUGUGGGCCCCCCUGUGGUGCACUCUGAGGGCAGAGACAAGUUUAUUGCUCUUGUUUAUGCUUUUCUUACCCCUUUUCUCAAUCCUAUUAUUUAUACCCUUCGUAACAGGGAGGUAAAAGAAGCUGUCAGAAGGGUCACUCGAAGAAUUAAGGGUGAGAUGAAGAAACCCUGA